AAAUUCAACCUUUCUCUCCCUCUCUCUUUCUGAUAAUAUAAAAAUCCAAUCUUUGGUUGAAGCGAGAGAGAGAAUCUGUAAUGAUUGUAAUGGUGAUGGAGAUGUCGUGAAAACCAGAGGGAAUCACAAAUUCGCUGUUUUUAAAAGACCAAGACUUUUGUGUUUUGGUCUCCAUUGAAGCCGAGUUUUGUUCUCAAUCUCUCUCUCUCUCUUCUCUCUCUCUCUCUGGCGUAGAGGCGAAGGUAAAAGCGCCGCGUGUAGCCUUCAAUGGCUUUCCAACGGCGGCGCUACAAUUACUACAACCGUGUCCGUCGUCUCCUCCCUCUAAUUUGCGCUGUCUCUGGAGCUCUCCUCAUCCUCUUCGCUCUUCUCUCCAUUUUUUCACCUCCUCCUGAUGAUUCCGAUCGCCGCAUCACCAAGCGGAUUAUCUCUGGAGCCGAUGAUGAGAAGAGCAUACCAGUAGAUUUCACCGUUCCGAGAAGUGGAGGGAGAUCGGAUCGUGAUAUAUGGCGUUCUUGGAAUGCUGAAUUCUUUUAUGGUUGCUGUAAUGCAAGCAGCAAGUUCCCAAAUGCUAAAGCCAUUACUAGAAAUGAUCGAUACUUGGCAAUCGCCACAAGUGGUGGUUUAAACCAACAGCGAACUGGAAUUGUAGAUGCUGUUGUUGCUGCACGAAUUCUAAAUGCUACACUUGUUAUUCCAAAGCUGGAUCAGAAAUCCUACUGGAAAGAUGCCAGUGACUUCUCGCAUAUUUUCGAUGUUGAAUGGUUUGUGUCAUUUCUCUCAAAAGAUGUCAAAAUCAUAGAGAAACUUCCACAAAAAGGAGGGCGAACUUGGAGCCCUAGCAGAAUGCGUGUACCGAGAAAAUGCAAUGAGAGAUGUUAUAUCAAUCGGGUAUUACCUGUUCUUCAGAAAAGGCAUGCAGUUCAAUUGAAUAAAUUUGAUUACAGACUUUCAAACAAGUUGAGAGAUGAUUUGCAGAAGCUGCGGUGUAGAGUAAACUAUCAUGCGCUUAAGUUCACUGAUCCAAUUAUUGAAAUGGGUAACGAAUUGGUCCGAAGAAUGCGGAAAAAGAGCAAACACUUCAUUGCUUUACAUCUUAGAUUUGAACCUGAUAUGCUCGCCUUUUCGGGAUGUUACUAUGGCGGUGGUGAGCAGGAGAAGAAAGAGUUGGGAACAAUCAGAAGGAGAUGGAAAACUUUACAUGUAAAUAACCCGGAAAAGCAAAGGCGACAAGGAAGAUGUCCGCUUACACCAGAAGAAGUUGGAUUGAUGCUUAGAGCUUUGGGAUAUGGGAGUGAUGUUCACAUAUAUGUUGCAUCAGGCGAAGUUUAUGGAGGAGAAAAAUCAUUAGCUCCUCUGAAAGAACUUUUCCCACAUUUCUAUUCAAAAGACACCAUAGCAACAAAAAUGGAGCUAAAGCCAUUUUCUUCUUAUUCUUCACGAAUGGCUGCACUGGAUUUCGUUGUGUGUGAUGAAAGUGAUGUUUUCGUUACCAACAAUAACGGAAACAUGGCAAGAAUAUUAGCUGGUCGAAGGAGAUAUUUUGGACAUAAACCGACAAUUAGACCAAAUGCGAAAAAGCUAUACAAGUUGUUUAUGAGCAAAGAGAAUGCUACUUGGGAGGAGUUUACUUCAAGAGUCAGAACAUUUCAGAGAGGAUUCAUGGGAGAGCCAAAGGAAGUACGAGCUGGUAGAGGUGAGUUUCAUGAGAACCCAUCGACUUGUAUAUGUGAAGAUACUGAUGCUAAGGCAAAGGCGGGAAAUAUGGAUUCGAGAAAACUUGGGAAGAAAAACAAAAAAGAUGGAGUAAGCAAUGAUGAACAAAGCGAAGAUGAAGAUGCAGAUUAUGAGGAAGACCAAACUGAUUUACAGGACAGAGGACUAUAUAAUGGUACGAGGUUAGAUUAUGAUGAUGCAUCAUCAAUUUCAGAUGAGCCUGAGCUAGAAGAAAUAGUGUCAGAUUGAUUCAGUUAUAGAAGGAUAUAAAAUCGGUUUUUCAACUUUUUAUUGUGGUCAUAUGCCUCAACAGUGUCUUCUGUACAUAUAAACCCAAUCCGAGGAAGAAUGAUCCCUUUUUCCA